UCGUGAGCGCGCGGCGGCAGUUCGUCCGGCAUCAUCGUCGCUAACGGUUAUCGUUGGGAUCCGUGUGUCACCGUGUGUGUUUGCGUCCGUUCGUGUGUGCGAUCGUUUUUCGUUUUCGUCGUCGUCGUCGUCCACUCGCGUGCCUCUCAUGUGCAUCUGAUUUGUGUCGUCUUGUGGAGUGCGAUAAGUUUCAUAAAUAUUUCUCGUCGGUUCGGUUGUUUUUGGAAUUUUUUGUAGAAACGUUAGAAAUCGUGUCCGUCGAUCUAUAUAAAUCGUCGACACUCGCUGCACUACGGAUACGACCACCGCGAGUGUCUCGACUCUCCGGACGAAUAUUCCCCGCUUAAGCCGAAAUUAUUGCGGAACUCAGGAAUAAUUCCAUAUUUGAAACCUAUCGAUUAAUUUCAACCAGAGGAAACCGCCGUGCACUCGAUACAUGUUUAAGAAAAUGUAAUUGGAGUAUGGAACUUUACGAGAUCGGGUGGCAAGGAGUGGACUCCGCCGCCAUUAGACCGUCGGAUCAUAGCCGCCAGCUUUGAGACGUGUUCACGUUGUCGUCGUCGUACACAGGUGCCAGCUGUUAUGCGUAAGCAAUGAUCGGUCUGUAUAUACUGAUCGCGCUGCUGUUGUGGGCGCCCAUCACGUCACACUCGGCAUCCGAAUUGGACUGGGUCACUGUGUGCAACCAACAGACGUGUCGGUGCAAAUGGGUCAGUGGCCAGAAGAUGGCGGAGUGCAUCAAUUCGAGCCUCACCAGCAUACCCAAAAACCUGAGCAACGAGGUGCAGGUGCUCGAUCUGACCAACAACAAAAUACUGGAGAUGAAUAAGGACGCGUUCCGGGAAGUAGGCUUAAUCAACCUGCACAAGCUGAUCGCCCGCAGUUGUUCCAUCGAGCUGGUCGACAAAGACGCGUUCCGUGGCCUGGAGAUACUCAUCGAGCUGGACCUAUCCGACAACAACAUUCACGUGCUGCACCCGGCCACGUUCCGGGAUCCAUUCCGGUUACGCAAGAUCUACCUGAACCACAACCAGAUACAGCGACUGCGGAACGGACUGUUCAGCAACAUGUCGUUCCUGCAGACCGUCGAGCUUAACUCGUGCCUUAUUACGGACAUUGAGCCUAAGACAUUCUACAACAUCACCAAGUUCAAUAGCCUGGAGCUGAGCGGCAAUAAGUUGGCCAACAUUAAGGCCGAAGUCCUGUAUUCCGUGCCCAGUCUGAUGAACUUGGAGAUCACCAACAACCCGUGGCGAUGCGACUGCAAGCUUAGACCAUUCAUGAACUUGGUUAUGAACAAAAACCUCUACAUCAAAACAGCUUCGUGCGCCGAACCACCAAGACUGCUAAACAAGCUGUGGGGUGACAUCAAACCAGACGAUUUUGCAUGCCAGCCGGUCAUCCAGUAUCCCGCCCAGAGUUCCACGUUCCAGUUGGACGACGACGAGCUGAUGACAAUCGGUUGCAAGAUAUACGGAGAGCCGAUGCCCAGCGUUCAGUGGGUGUUUAAUAACCGACCCAUAUCGAAUUAUUCACACGGUGAUUACAAAUUCACUGUGUACGAGAGCGUGGACAACACCAUGGCCAAGUGGAUCAACCUGACCGUGUCCCGGUCCCGGUUGAUUGGGAAGUCCGAAUUCAAAUGCAUCGCACAGAACCCUGCCGGUUUGGAAGAGCGCAAAAUCACCGUCAUUGUUCAGGGCAGUGGUAGCAAGGGCAUCUUGGGUAGUACGGUCAGCGUGAAAGAAUCGCUGCCCAUCAUAAUUGGCCUGGUGGCUGGCAUUUUCAUCAUAAUCCUGUUGUUGAUCGUUUGCUGUUUGUGCUGUUACCGGCGCCGACCAUCGGGCAGCGGCGUGCUGUCGAAAAAAUCUCAUGCCAACGGAUUUUCCAAUGGUGACGUGCCCAACCAUCACAACCACGUCACGUCACUAGUGUCCGAGCCGUCUGAACAGCAAAAAAGCCUUUUGGCCGUCGUGAACCCGGUUCAAAAGCCGCCCAGGAGAUAUGAAUCAUCGCCGACCGGUACCGAAAUGACCGAACUAAAGAGGAAUUUACUGGACGAGACGUCUGUCAGCGGCGAUGCUGACGAACAAUUUUACUGCGAGUCAGGCGAUGAGCUGGCCAACAUCAUCGACAACAGUGGCAUAAGCAACGGCGUGGGCAACGGCCGUCCUUACCGUAAGGGCACGCACCCACCGGACCUGUUGGCGUUUCCCCGGGGAAGCGGCGGGGGUGGCGGCCACAGUUCGCCAGCCGGCAGCGUAGUGUCCACGGUCCCGUCGUUCCAGUCACCGCUGCACAGUCCCAUCUACUCAGGAACGCUACCGUACAACCGGUCCCAGUCGCCGUUCAGCUCACGUCCCGCCCAGCCGCCCGCCGGUUACGUGACCAUACCGCGGCGGCCGCGUGUGCCCAGCUGGGCCAGCAGCAACGGCGUCGGCGGAGCAUCCGCGUCCACGCCGACCGCCGGCCAUGUGGACGACCCGCUGGGAGUGGGCCGGCUAUGCGAACCAGUGUACGACAACCUGGGCCCGCGGACCACGGCUGACGGCAGUUCAGUGCUAUCGCUGACCAAGGCGGUGGCCGACUCGGCAGCCGUACACAGGCCCAAACCGCAGUACAGCCAGACGCUGCCGCACAAGACCAAGCUGCACGGCGGAGGCGGCGUACACCGUCCCAGAUUCGCCGCCGACGACGCGCAGGACGUCCGCAGAGUACCGUCGCCGGCACCGAGAUCGCCGGACAAGACGUCGCCGUCGCAGGUGUCCGGCCUGCCUCAGCACAACGCUCUGCCGCCAAACUACUCCCCACUGGUGGAGAUGGACGCAAGGAACCGGAGCAGCUGGGCGCCGAGCCGGGUCGGCACGCCCGAGUCAGGCGUGCUCAAGCCGGCCAGCCAGACGAGCGUCAAGCGCAAGGUGCCACCCAAACCUCCGCCGAAGCCCAAAAUGAAGGGCGGCCCGUUGUUCGAAGACGAAGGCGAAGACGGCACCGAAGUCUAAGGUCCGUCCCCCCCCCGCGUGCCACUCGAACGAAUCCUCUGUACUUCCAUGAUGAUAUGUUUAUAUUAUGUUAUAACUUAUAUUUUGUUCGUAUAACAUGCUAAUGUUUUUUUAUCUCUCUCAUUUUCGUUCACUCAUCAUAAGGCGUUGUAUUUUGGUUUUGUUUUUCCAUACUAUUCGCGGCUGCUAUGGUCGUUUCGUUUUUAUUUUUUUUUUGCCCUUCCCUCCCUAGUUAUAAAAAUAAUUUAAAAAGAAUGAAUUUAAGUACGUGAUCCUAUAUUUAUCGUUACUGUGUGUCGUCGCCGCUGUUGUGGUGCGAUUGUGCAUAGUGUUUCUCAUUUCGUUUAAAAAAGAGUACGACAUAGGGAAUACCUCCUCCCAAAGUUUUUAUUCUUAUACAUCAUAUUAAAUCAUAAUUGAAUAACGCAUAUAUUAUUAACCCCUCGGGGAUCAGUGAUCGAAAAAUCAAUGACAUGUAUGUACCCAUUUGACGAUGUGUGGCGCACACAUUGUUGAAAUUAUAUAAUAUGAGGCUGCUCGUUUUCGGAAUUGGACGUGUUGUGUAACUAAGAUAGUAUAUAUUAUAUUGUAUUUUUUUUAUUCCAUAUUAUGUAUUUAUGUUGAUAAUAUUAUGUUUCUAUGAAUCAAUAUCGAUUUUGUCACUGUCGUUGUCAAUCAAUAUUUAAAAAAAAAAGUUAAUUUAGUUGUAUACAUAAUGAGCGUAUAUGUAUAAUAUGUGUUUGUUCUCAUUAACCCCUGUUGUCUAUAUAUUAUUAUAUAUUGUCUUGUUGAUGUUAUUUAUGGUCCCUUUUUAAUCAGUAGUCAAAAUAUAUACAUU